AUGGCGAAAGAUGGCGGGGAUGCGGAAUCUUAUCGAUUGGAGGGCAAUGAACAUUUUCGUUCCUCGCGCUAUCACAAUGCUAUUUCAAGUUAUACCAAAUCGUUGAAAUGCUCGAAAACAUCAGCGGUGCUUUCCAACAGAGCUCAGGCAUACCUCAACACCAAACAAUAUGCAAAAGCAUUAGUCAAUCUGCAACUCUAUGAAGUUGCUAUGGAAAUGAUUUCAAAAAUUGAGCAACUUGAUCCCAACAACAAAGAGGUUGCCAGAUUGAAGGAAAGUGCCAAAGAUAAGCCGAAUUGCUCUGAAUUGCGACUUUCCUGCCUAAAAAAUAAAGAUGAAUUUCUUUGUUCGAAAGUUCCACUAAAAGAAAUACGAAACAUCGAAGUGAUAAAGUCGGUGGAUAGGCUGACAAAAGAAUCAGCUCUUUCGACAUCAUUGACUUAA